AUGCCCACCGCCGGCGAUGAACGAGAGCGCUCACCACACCCCUACGCCCGCCGUGGCCGCCGAGCUGCCCGUCCCGAAGACAGCAGCAACUACCAAACUCCAAACAAUCUGUCGAGCGAGAGCGGCACCGAAGCCGACGAUGAGCGACCCUCACAAUACCUGAAGGCCCUGCCGCCGCCCUCAGCACGCCUGACCAAAGGACUCCGACAAGCCGAUGGUACACCCUCUCCGCUGCUCACUCCUUCACAACUCGACAAUCAAGGCACCCAAGGAUACUUUGAUCGCAAGCCGACCCAAACGCCAACAGAGCACGCGGAAGAAAAUGAACUGCUGGUCGCUCGACGGCUGUAUGAAAAGAGGACCAGAGCUGAACGCAUUCGUCGCAUUUCAGAGGGUGCUUUGCUUGCCGUCAUUGGCCUGAUCAUAGUCCUCGCUCCCUCCGUGAGGCAUGCUCUCUGGAACUGGCAUAGAGAGGUCGCCUCCCAGUUGGCCAUUGUUGCCCUCCUGAUUGCUGUAUACCCCCUGAGAGUCAUCAUCUUCUCUCCUUCCGACGAUACGACCCGUCCAAGAUGGCGCCGCUUCCGAGUUCCCGCCUCGUUCGACCCUGCCUCGAUCCUCUAUCCCACCUUUGUCCCUGUCUUGAUCGCCCUCUCUUUGCUGCCUCAAUAUCCUGCUCUACUGCUACCUAAUCUAAUCCUGGGUCUGGCCUCUCUACCGCCUCGCCUAUUUCCUCCUUUAUCUCGUCUCAAAGACAUCAACACGCUUCACUGGAUCGUCUCCACCACACCCCUCAUCUUCUCUGAGAACACCGAGCUGCCCUCCUCUGCAUAUCCUCCAACCCCGUACAAGCUCAAGGCAAGCCAGCCUCCCUUCUUGCAGCCCGAACUGCUCACUCUGCUAUACCCUCUACACCAGGCAUUGUUACCCGCGCUGCACUACUUGACCACAACCAGUCUUCUGGCUGCCGAGAAGCACCUUUUGUCGGCUGGUUUGAUCAAUCUUCUCCUUUUCGCAACCUCACCUCAAACUGCUAUUUUGCGUGCUCUGCUGUGGGUCGGAGGCGUCUGGCUUCUCGUCUUGUGCACUCACGUUGCACGCUGGAACGUAGCUCUCGCACGUGUCCCUCGAUGGAGGUUUCGACGAACUGCCUCCAAGCCUGGUCGUUCGUCUCACAUCAAACAGGACCUUGCCUCGAUGCUCACAAGGUGGAUCUAUCCCUUCACGCGUUACGAGAAUGACGAAAGCGAUACCGAUGAGCAUGUGCCUAUCCAGAAAGUUCUGUCGCAGACUCGCAAGUCGCCCAAGCUGAGUAUCAAUACCGCCUCGACUGGCCACGAUUUUGACGAACCACAAUCAGCUGUUGAAGCAAAUCUUCCUCCGCAUCGAGACUCUGUUGUGGAUGCGAAUGACUUCUCUAGGAAAAGAAGGCAUACCAUUGCGAGUACGGAUGCUCCUACGUCAUUGGCAGCCGCAACUCCGAGCGCAGGUGCUCAGCGCAAACAUCGUCGAUUCCGAGAUUGGCAUCUGAACCUGACGCCUGAGGGUGCUUUCAUGUACAAGUGGGCAUAUGCCAUCUACAUCAUCACGACAAUCGCCUUCGUAAUCUUGGUCCCGGUGCGGAGAACAAUCUCCGAAGCUGCUCUGAACUCUGCAGAGCCCGUCGUCUGGGCAUUCGAGUAUCUGUUCUCGGAUAUACCAACAUUCUUCAACGCUUUCUCCUCCAGAGUCGACCGCAUUGCAUACAAAGAUGAAAUUCUGCAAAAUCUGUCGUUUCACGGUUCUUCUGUUCCUGGUGUGAGAGCUGCGGUGGGUGCGGCUAAUACACGACUUCUCAUCGUUGCAUACUGGGCAGCCGUCCUCUGUAUCGGCCUCGUCGCAGUCUUACGUCUCACCCCCUUUAUCGAAGUCGACACACGACGAAAAGUCUUCCACGCCGUCAUGGUAUCUAUGCUUCUACCCUCCAUCUUCGUGGAUCCUUGCUUUUGCUCCUUGGCUCUGGGCAUCGUACUCGCCAUCUUCUUGAUCUUGGAAAUCAUCCGUGCAGGCCAGGUACCACCGCUGGGGAUUGCGAUUGGCAGAUUCGUGGCGCCCUAUGUGGACGGAAGAGAUCUCAGAGGACCUAUGGUUGUAAGCCACGUCUUCUUACUCAUCGGCUGUGCUAUUCCACUCUGGCUUUCCCUCGCUGGCAUCGGCAGAACCAUCACUGGAAAAUGGCCAGGCUGGGAAACCGAAAAUCAAGUCCGCGAGGUUGCCAUGGUGGCAGGAGUCAUUUGCGUGGGCAUGGGCGACGCGGCAGCCAGUCUCAUCGGCAGACGCUUCGGUCGCUGCAGAUGGCCUUGGAUCGGCGGCAAGUCUCUCGAAGGCAGCACUGCUUUUGCCGUUGCCGUUACCGUUGGUUUGUUGUUUGCAAAGCUUUGGGUCAGAUUUGGGGGUUGGAGUGAGGUGUUUGUUUCUGCCUCUUCUGCCAACAACACUUCUGGGUUCUUUGGGCAUGAUGUAAAAGGGUGGGGUAUAGAGGUUGGCAAGAUGUUUGUUUGUGGCUGUGGAGCGAGUUUUAUGGAAGCGGUGUUGACGGGGGCUAACGACAAUGUUGUUGUUCCUGUUGCGCUGUGGCUCUUGGUCAAGAGUGUGGGUGUUUAG